AAGGCAGUCGGUACCAACAGCACUGCGCCUGUGAAAAUUGAGAUAGGUCCCGCCGACACGUGGAACCGGGUCACCUUCACUGCGCUCUACUCGUACGGCGAGAGUCUAGACGUUAACAUGACCGUGGCGUCACCUGGCGGUCAGCUGUAUGAGGCGACGCGAGAUCCCAGUAUAUCUGUUCUCCGUGUCGUCAACGAAGCAGCCGACAUCGAGGUCGGUCUGUGGAUAAUUGAUAUCAUCAACGCCGAUGAGUUGUUGGAAGCGAAGGCGAUGAUAUUCGUUCAUUGCUGGUCGGAUGGUGAGGUGCCCGUCAAGCUAAACAUGCACACGAAUACUGCAGAGAUUGAUGGCGAGGGAUUGAUCGUGAAUGUAGAGCUAUCAGGCAGCGCCGUCGCCAUGCGGGCCGUCGCCACGGAGGUACACGCUGCCGUGCAUGACCCGGCAGGGGGCACCACAGUCGUGCAGCUGUUCGACAACGGAAUAGGCAACAUGUGA